AUGGUGACCAAGCAAAAUGAAGUAAAGCAUCGGGAGAGUCGACCUGCACGCUUUGCCGGGGAUAUGCGCUCGGCGAAGAAAGAGGGUGUUCCCCUCGGACGAGCAGCCUUGUCGUUUGUCCUGUCAAAGGACGAAGAAGAGGGUAUUGUCCAAGUGAUUCUGUACCGUUUGAAGGUAGGUGUGUGCAUGACGGACGGUGAGCUGCUCAUUCUUGCACGCCAGAUUGCUGCAAAGGCAGGAAAGGCCAUGUCCAAAUUCUUUCCGUCUUCUAGAUGGCCUACGUGCUUUGCUGAUCGUCACAUCUACCGGCUGACUCUCAAAAAGGCCCAAAUCCUGGCCACCAAAAGCGCUUCGCAAAGGAGCGCAUUCAUUCGUACCACUUGCAGGAGGCUAUGGAAGGCCUAA